GCAGAAUGAAUAUCCACACAACCUGUGUCUUUUACAAACAGCUUUGGGAUUUAUUUAACGAGAUUGCCUGUUUUCUCGCGAUAUCUGGAAACCCGUUUGUGAGCCCCUCUCACGCUGGAGCUGCUGUGUCCGUCUGCCGCGAACAAGAUGAAAACGGAGCAACUGAAAGCUUUGAUCAAUGAGCGACUGAAGGCAGCUGCCGAGGAAAUAUUUAGCCUGUUUGAACAAACUAUUAGAGACUAUGAGGAGGAAGUUUUUCGUUCAAAGCAGGAGGUGGAGCAGAAACGAAGGCGGACCGGGUUGAACGCUCCCCUGCAGGUCUCUGUUCAGGAGGAGCAGGAGCGCUGUGAGAAGAAGGCUGACCUGGGCAAUGAGGAGCAGGAGCCCCCACAGAUUAAAGAGGAGGAGGAACAGUGGUCUGCUCAGGAAGAUGAAACGCAGGAGGAGGAGGCUGAGGAUAAAGACACUAUGUUCAAUAUAAUUUAUGUGCAGAGAAAUGAAGAUGGAAGACAUUCACCACAUCAAAACAAGAAAGCUGACAGUAAAGAAGUUCCUUUGCCCAGCAGCUCAUUUGAGCAGGUGAAAGAUGAACUUGAUAAAGAAGGCCAUAGUUCAUCAGAGCCAACCAGCGAAGGUAGUGAUGAUGAAUGGAGAGACAGUGGAAGUGUUCACUCAGGUGUAAACAGGAAGAAACCAUGGCAAGCUGGUGAGACGGCAGACAGACCGCACACCUGCAGCGUUUGCAACAAGAACUUCAGGAUUAAAUCAAUCCUGACUCGCCACAUGAAGACACACACAGGAGAAAAACCCUACAGCUGCAGUGUCUGUGGUAAAAGCUUCAUCCAGCGUUCCUAUCUGCAGACUCACAUGAACUCGCACUCUGGACAGAAACCAUACACAUGUAGUUUCUGUGGCAGAGGAUUCACGCAAGUUGGAAACAUGAACGCUCACAUACGAAUCCACACGGGAGAGAAGCCUCACAGCUGUGCCGACUGUGGUAAAGGUUUCAGAGAGAAAGCAGAUCUUCUCAAGCACACAGUGAUUCACACUGGCGAGAAACCGUACAGCUGCACUGUAUGCAGUAAGAAAUUCAGCGCACAGUCCAAUCUAAAACGCCACAUGAAGACUCAUUCAGGGGAGAGGCCCUACAGCUGCACUGCUUGUGGGAAACGGUUCGUUCGACGCUCCCAUUUAAUCAUUCAUACGAAGACUCACACAGAAGAGGCCUCAUGAAAUGAUUCUGCCUACUUUGUUGUGUUUAUUUGAUCAUUUUCCAGGUAGAGCUAACGUAGUGGCCGGCUUUGUGCGCACAUGAAAUAAUUUCACUACCAUGGACCUGUCCCUCACGAUGGAUGAAUAAAAGAUGUGGAAUGCUUGUGACUUGAGAUGCUUGUGCACUUGACGGUUUUGGGGAAAAGGUUAUGGAGGUCUGCACCACUCUGGGGGCAGUGGCAGACCCCCAGCAGGGAUAGAGUAUAAGGGGAAAAAGAAAUUUAAGGAAAUAAAGGGGCGUGGGCGGGGGGGUCAUGGGUUUAAAUAUGUUGGCAAAUGGAUGAAAGGGGCAUAACUCAGGUCAGGUCGCACUCCUGAACUCAAGAUAAUUUCAUUAUCUCCAUUUAUCUGUGUUACACUGGACUCGCAUGAACCAAAACAAUUUCUCACUUUUUAGAUUAAAUGAAACAAACAUCAUCUCUUCAAGUUGUUGCUGUAUACAUUUGUACUGUAGAAAUAAAAUACUGUCAGCAGGUGAUACACUGAUUUGUUCAAUGAAGUUCCUGUUACUCAGCAUUAGCAGAUGGUCAGGUUAUGGUACUGUUCUGAUUAGAGAGCUGCUUCUUCAGUGCAUGGGGCUAAUAUGAACCUUUGUGUAAUGGAUUUAUCUCAUUUGGUGGCAUAUCAAAGAACAUAUGAAGUAAAUGUGAAUUAAAAUUCUUCAGUUGAUUAUUUAUUAGGUAUAAACUAAUGUCUGUUCACAUAGAACACUAAC